CGCCAACCUUGGUAUUAGGAUCGCAGAAGAACGAGAGAGCGAGAGAUAUGAAACUGCUCGCUAGCCCCUGACAACAUGUUGGCGAGUCUUUCAAAAUAGUUACAUCCAAAUUCAAAUGAUGGCACAUGGCUAAAUUGAAACUACGUCCAAACGUCAAUCAUUUUCAUAUAGCAGCUGUCAAAAGUAUAAAAAGCGUAAAUCCAUAGCAUCAUAGCAAACAAAAAAUAGUACAAUUUUUUUGCUUGUGUUUUUUAAAAUAACAAAAUCAUGAAGCCGGCAUUAGUAGCUGAUGAGAUGUUUCCUGAGGGGGCUGGACCUUACAUGGAUCUAGAAGAGGCAGGAGGAUCUUCCGGACUUCUCAUGGACUUAACAGCUAACGAGAAGGCAGUGCACGCUGAUUUUUUUAAUGAUUUUGAUGACCUGUAUGAUGAUGAUGAUUUACAAUAGGGAGAUACAACUGUUAGCAAGGUUAUGUAAAUAUUUUAUUAAUUGAAACAGUUUUACAGAAAUGUAAUUUUGAAAUACCAGAGAAGGUACCAAAUGUAGUUUUAUUUCUCUGAGAUCACAGAUCGAUCAAAAACUGUUAAGUUGUACUAGUUUCUUGUGUAAAUAAUAAAAAACUAUCCUAGAAAAUGGCAUUUCUAUUAGACAGAUACAUUAAUUCCC